CUUUACUUGCUAGCAUUAAAUUGCUAGUAAGGGAGCAGGUGGAGUGUCAUGUCUCAGCUUCAUAAAGAAAAAAUUGGCUUCCAAAAACAAAAAGAAAGACAAGAGAGAGAAAAGAAAGGGCAACAAUAUGUCACCCAAUUUUUCACAAAGAAAGGUGGGUGUAGUCUGUGAGUGGUGGAAAUUAACCAGUUAGCCUAGCCAUAGUGAAAGAAGCUAACUUACUUCUGCUCCCCUAGCAUUAGUUACUUAAUAUCUUCACAGAAAAUUCUGAGUGUUUACAAUUCACUCGGCUUUUAGCUGACAUUUAAUCAAUGCAGGCAAACUUUUAGCAAGCUAUUCAUACUAAGUCAGUUGUCCCCGUCCUGUCUGGUGCCAGGCCCAACAGAUGCAGCUUCAGGCUCAGCAGCUCUGUUUCCCCAUACAUCCACCAAUGAACCAGCCCUACCAACAAAUGAAGGAGGAGGUGAGCAGCAUUGUGUUGAAUGACAUGUCAGCUGGCAUAACUGCAGAGGGGUGCUGGUGAGACCUGUGGGUGUCAAUCCCUACAGAGAGAGCAUUGAAACAACUCCAUGGCCUUAGCGGGAUGCCCUGACUACUUCCUACGUCACUCAAACUACCAGGAAGGCAUGGACCGCACUUCCUCUCGCAGGCCCGAGGAGCUGAUUGUUCCAGGCUUUCAGCGCUCGGCCAAUCAAAACUUUCCACAUCACCAUGACGAUGACGUGGAUCUGGAGCAACUUGUGAAUGAGAUGAACUCUUCCAUGGAGAGUGUGUACUCUACAACGGACACGGCGCUACUCCUGAACAACGGCCAUGCACACACUCCGCACCACCACCACCACAUUCACGUUGCCUACCCGGGACAUGGCCAGGCCCACCGGCGUCACACCCCACCCCUACCCACUUCCUCCCCCUCCAGGGAGAGGCUGCGGCACUCUCAGCCCAUGCACAUCCAGGCUGUCAGGUGCCUGCAGGAAGAGCAGCAGCUGCGUCCAGCCUCGCUGCCGGCCAUCCCCAACCCUUUCCCUGAACUCUGCAGCCCGGCAGGCUCUCCUGUUCUCAGCCCUAUCCAGACCUCUGACAAUCACAUAGUGAAGGUGUGGAGCGAGGAUGGGGCUGGUAAAGUGGUGGAGAUCCCAGCAGACAUGACGGCCAGAGAUGUCUGUCAGCUCCUGGUCUACAAGAGCCACUGUCUGGAUGACAACGCCUGGACGCUGGUGGAGCACCACCCCAUCCUCGGCCUUGAGAGAUGUCUGGAGGACCAUGAGCUGGUGGUUCAGGUUCAAGCCUCCAUGAGCAGCGACAGUAAAUUCCUCUUCAGGAAGAACUAUGCCAAAUAUGAAUUCUUCAGGAACCCCCUGAACUUUUUUCCAGAGCAGAUGGUGGCUUGGUGUCAGGAGUCUGAUGGCUCAAUCCCUCAGUCACAGCUCUUACAGAACUUUCUGAACUCCAGCAGCUGUCCAGAGAUCCAGGGCUAUCUGUACGUGAAGGAGCCUGGACGCAAGUCCUGGAAGAAGCUCUACAUGUUCUUGCGACGCUCUGGUCUCUACUACUCUACUAAAGGAACAUCCAAGGAGCCCCGACACCUGCAGCUGCUGUCAGAUCUGGAAGACAGUAACAUCUUCACCAUAAUCACCGGCAGAAAACUCCACAAUGCCCCCACAGACUACCAGUUCUGCAUCAAGCCCAGCAAAGUGAGAAGUGACUGUAAGGAGCUAAAGAUGCUGUGUGCUGAGGAUGAACAGAGCAGGACCUGCUGGAUGACUGCCUUCAGACUGCUCAAGUAUGGGAUAGUACUGUAUCAGAGCUAUAAUGUCCCCCAGCAGAGGAAGUCUAACCUCUCGCAUUUCACAGCGCCUGUGCGGAGUGUAUCUGAGAACUCCCUCGUCGCCAUGGACUUCUCUGGACGGACCGGUCGCGUCAUUGAUAACCCUGUCGAGGCCCAGAGCGCCGCCCUGGAGGAGGGACAGACCUGGAGGAAACGGAGCCAGCGUAUGAAUGUCCUGGGCAGUCCCAGCCCCUUGCACCCACCCUCUCUGAGCACAGUCAUCCACAGGACACAGGUGUGGUUUCAUGGUCGCAUCAUGAGAGAGGAAGCCCACAAAAUGAUCAUACAACAAGGCCAAGUAGACGGAUUAUUCCUGUUGCGGGACAGUCAGAGUAAUCCCAAGGCGUUUGUGCUCACCAUGUGCCACCACCAGAAGAUCAAGCACUUCCAGAUUCUACCGUGUGAAGAAGACGGUCAGGUGUUCUUCAGCCUCGACGACGGCGCCACCAAGUUCACUGACCUGAUCCACCUGGUGGAGUUCUACCAGCUCAACAGAGGAGUGCUGCCCUGCAAGCUCAAACACCCCUGCACCGCUGUGGCCUUGUGACACUCCACCGCCCCCACCCCCAACUCCUACACACCCUUUUGCACACUUCUCAUCCAGAGAUCCCACCCCGCCCCCCCAAUCUGCCCCUCCCUCACCAAUGUAAUGAGGUUGAGGAGAUAGAGAAAAGUUGAGUCAAGUUUUGGGGAUGUGAACAACUCAGCAGGAGCUGGCAGUGGAGGUUUGAUUUCUCCAGUGUGCCGUGCUUUUCUCCGCCUUACCGCUUUUUGGAUGUUUUGAAUGGGAACCGUGCGGAUAGUCCAAACGUUGUAGAUUUGUGGACCCAGCAGUCGCCCAACUCCUGCAUCGUUCUCAUGGAGACUGGGUUGUUUUGUCAUUGCCAUUUUGACCCUGGUCAGUGUGUAGGGGAGCAUGUGUUAUGAAGACACAGACAGCAGGAGAGCUGCAGGUCUCCCGGAUGGAUCCCUCCCUCAAAGUCCCUCACCAUUCAAUCUCCCAACUUUCACCUUCCUUAUCCUCCAGGCCUGAUAAGCUGUGGUGCCCGCCCCACCCUCGCCCUCUCGACACAAAGUUGUCCGAGGCGGGCGGGGAGCACCACCCUCUGACUUCCUCAUCGAUCAUCAGGGAUGGACAGGAACCUCUCUGGGUCUUAUCAAACUCGAUCCAGGAGUUUUCUCAACCUGUGCAGUCCAGUCUGGAUAAGCUGACACCCUGUCCCCUCCCCCCUAACCGAGCGGACUUGACGUGGCCUUCCUGCUGUGUCCUGUCCCACAACCCCCCUGGUGCAACCCCGAUCCCGUCUCUCCUUCUCCAAACAAGCUCAGAGAAAAGUUGAGAGAGAAAAAGAGAAGAAGCUAAGGGCAAGAUAAGCAGAGCAGUCGCGAGGGUUUGCUGAAAGGACAGAGGAAUGUUUAUCAGGAAGGCUGUAACAAGCCUCUCUUGUAGAGUUGAUUACUUGAUGUCAUUUUAAUGCUGUUUUAUUACUGUUGAUUCAAUGCAGAACUAGUUUUGCACUCCCGGGCGGACAGAUGACAGCUGUUCUCUCUAGCUAAAUGAAGCUGCCUGCUCUCCGUUCGUCGUCCUCCUCUUCCUCUUCCAUCCCCGCCCCCCCCCCCCCCACCCCUCCUCCUUCUGAAAAGCAUGCAUGUGAAUUUCCACCAGCUCUGAUUGGAUUACAGUGGCGUGGGAGCAAAGAGAGUCACGGCUGAUUAUGCAGUGCCUUUCAGAAAGGUUUGGGAACAUCUUGGAACUCUGUGUGGCUCAUACCAACAUGACCACACUACCAUUAAAAACGAAUGUGCUCUGGAACAGGCUGAACGCCUCAAGACUGUGAGGAAGAGGAGGAGGACUGUUAAAUAGACUCCUGAAAAGUGUGUCCACCCCCAAGCUUCUAUUUCAGUCUUUUUUUUUUUUUUUUUUAAAUCUAAAGGGUUAAAUCUAUUGGGCUCACAUUCGGUGAAUUUGUUUUGAAUGUCAUUUUCUUUUCCUAGGUCUGUUCUGAGCUCGCUGCUUGCACAUUUUAAUUAUCCUGAUUUGAGAUUGAGCUGUUAUGUUCGGAUUUAGCCCCGAGUGGAGAUACUGACCACUGUUCCCUCACUCAAGAAAAGACAAAUCAACAAAAGCACUCCCAUCAUGUUUUUUUUUUUGUUUUAAAUAUGGAAAUGAACAAAUGACUUGAAAUGUGAACUCAGUUGACUGUGCAUCAACACACAGUCAAAUGAGCUUCACUCGCCUUAAGUGAAAAUUGUGAGCCUUGUGUAUGAAAUCGAAGCUAUAUAAAAAUGCACAUACAGCAACACAUUUCAGACAGCAGGAGUGUUACAAAUUAUAUUAAAGGAAUAGUGUGACAUUUUGGAAAAAAAAAUGCUUAUUCAGUUUGUUGUCAAGAGUCAGACGAGAAG